GUUUGAAACAAAUGUAAACAAUAGAUACCAAAAAUAUAUUCAUCGAUUGAUUUCUUUUAAUAAGACAUUGGAAAUUUAUAUAUGGUUUAAUAGAUAUUUGUUUACAUCAAAAACAUUAGGUUGGUCAUACUUUAAAACAAAGACCAAAGUUCAUUAGUGAAGUUGCAUAAAAUGUCUUGCCAACAAGGUGGAAAAUGUAUGGGACCAUCACCUGCAAACGACUGUAAUCCUUGGUACUGGAUAUUGGGUAUGAUAUGUAUGCCAGUCGCCAUACCUUUCAUACUUUUUGAUGUCUGGACAAGAAAUGCAAUAGCCAAAGAACGUAAACGUCUACCCGGUAAAGUAGUAUUAAUUACUGGAGCCAGUUCUGGUUUAGGAGAAGCUUUGGCCCAUACUUUUUAUAAAGCAGGCUGUAAAGUUAUACUAGCUGCUCGACGUGUUGAGGAAUUGGAAAGGGUGAAAAAGGAUUUGUUAUCUGUAGAAGUGGUGGGGCCUGCUUAUCCUCCCACAGUUCUGCCCUUAGAUUUGGCAGAAUUAAAUGCCAUACCAGCUGUUGCUGCGAAGGCAGUUAAUAUUUAUAAUGGAAUUGAUAUACUUAUUAAUAAUGGUGGCAUUAGUGUUAGAGCAGACGCCUUAACUACUGCUUUAGAUGUGGAUUUAAAAGUAAUGACUGUUAACUACUUUGGUUCAGUGGCUCUAACAAAGGCUAUAUUGCCAUCCAUGGUUAAAAGACAAAAGGGUCAUAUUUGCUUUAUUAGUUCGGUACAAGGUAAAUUUGCUUUACCCUUCCGUUCGGCUUAUUCAGCCUCUAAACAUGCCAUACAAGCCUUUUCGGAUUCGCUAAGAGCUGAAGUGGCCUCCAAGGGUUUAAAGGUAACGUGCGUAAGUCCUGGUUAUAUAAGAACACAACUUUCGGUAAAUGCUUUAACCUCUACGGGACAGCAACAUGGCAAAAUGGAUGCUACUACAGCCAAAGGCAUGCGUGCUGAUGUUUGUGCCCAACGUAUCUUGGAGGCUUUGUUAAAUAAUGAAAAAGAUGUCUUAGUAUGUGACUUACAGGCUCGUCUUGGUUACUGGUUACGUUUUCUUAGUCCUACUCUCUACUAUCGAGUUAUGGAGAAGAGAGCUCUUAAAUUACAAAAUGAUAACUAAUGAGA